UAAUAAAAUAAGAGCAAUCAAGAAUUAUUUUAGUAAAGUAAAAAGUGAUCAAGAAUUUAAAGAAAUAUUCCCAAAAAGUAACCAAUAAUCAAGGAAUCUACACAAAUAACAAUAAAUGUUACAACAACUAAGUUAAUAUUCAAAAGAAUAUAAUGAUAAACCCAAAUAAAAUAAAAAAUCAACCAAAGACCCACAGCUGAUAAUGAACUCCCUGUGAGAUUCGGUCCUAAGAAUAAUACAAAUUACUUAAAAUAUUAAAAAUUUAAACAAAUACCAACCUCAAGUGUCACCUGGCUUAAUGGCCAUUCUGCAGAAUCGCCACCAAAGCCUAAACCCCAGCCAAGUCCACGCACAGACCAUACCAUACCAUACUUGGUGCCAACCCAGGGCAGCGGUUAAUGCCAUGCACCAGGAUGUCCGGCGAAAGAGCAUCGGAUGUGGAGAGAGCGCAGCCCAACUGGAAGCGAAGGAGAAGAAAGCGGAGACGCCAGGAGGCAAAUCUCCGGGCAGGCGACGAAGGAGAAGGCGAUGCAGCAGCAGCUCCACCAGCGACACAAGUGAUUCCUACUCGGAUUCAUCCACAGACUCGGAUACCAGUUCCUCCGAUACUUCCUCCGCCUCCUCCUCCUCCGCCGCCAGCAAAAGCAGUACACCCUUUCCACCCGCCCUAAACUUGCCAGAGUCCCUGCCUCUGGCUACCAUCGCCAGCUCCCCCGCUCACCAACCAGAAGAGGCUCCACCACCUAGAAGGGACUCCUUGGACUCGAAUCGAAGCGUAACGCCCGUCGAAGUGCCCGUGGAUCCACAUGCCUGGACUGCAGAGGACAUCUCCAGCUGGGUCCGUUGGACAACGCGUAAAUUCAAAUUGGAUCCGGAGCCGGACAUCACCAGGUUCCCGAAGGAAGGCCAGGAGCUGUGCGAGCUAACCCGUGCGGAUUUCUGGGUCUGUGCCGGAUCAAGGCGUGGUGGGAUGCUCCUGUCUAAGCACUUUGCGCUGAGCCUGUACCAUGCCACUGGAAGAGAGACGAGUCCCAUGUUGAAUGACAACGAGCCAAAUCCAUAUCAGCUGCUGAACGCUGCCUCGCACCGAUUGGUCGCCCAGGGCUCCGGGGGCCAGAUCCAGCUAUGGCAGUUUCUGUUGGAGCUGCUCGCCGAUUCGUCCAAUGCCGCCUGCAUCAGCUGGGAGGGCCAAUCGGGCGAGUUCCGGCUCAUCGACCCCGACGAGGUGGCCAAGCGAUGGGGCGAGCGCAAGGCCAAGCCCAACAUGAACUAUGACAAGCUGAGCCGGGCUCUCAGAUACUACUACGACAAGAAUAUCAUGACCAAGGUGCAUGGCAAGCGGUACGCGUACAAAUUCGACUUCCACGGCUUGAUGGCCGCCUGCCAGGCCCAGGCGCAGGGCGGAGAUCCGGCCGCCAGUAUGCUAGGUUCCUACAAUCACCACGGCGGUGGGGGCGGAGGAAUGCAGGUGGUCCGCCAUCCACCGCCGCCGCCGCCGCUGCACCAUCCGCACCACCAUCACCCGCAUCAUCACCAGCACUCGCAUCCACAUCAUCAGCUGGGGCAGCCUCACUUCCUGCAUCCGCUGGAACACACCUCGCCCGCCUCCACUAGCUCCAGCCUGGGCUUUCCCUCGCCCUCGACGGCCUCCUCUCAGCUCUCGCCUGGCCAGGCGCCACCCACCAACGCCUCGUCCGCCUCAACAUCGAAUUUCCCAGCUCCAUUCCCAGGCGGGACAGCAGGAGCUGGAGACCCUGUCAGGACACAGGACAGCACCACCCCAAAUGCAUUUAAUUGAGCCCGUAGAGCAACCCCAAUUUGUUGCCGAGUUCGUUCAGGGAAGGAGGAGGAGUCGCUGGAGCUGCGCACAGGACCACCCAUUGCGCAGAGAGAGAGCAAGUCUCGGAUGAAGGGUCAGCCGGCCAUUAAAAAAGGUCGUUUCGCAUAAUUCCAGCCACUUUGGGUUAAUUGUGGGGUUAAUAAGUGUGAUAACCUUGGAGCAAUACUCGGAGACGAGCCUCAAUUUGUUAUCCUUCGCCCGUUAUCCUUGGCUUCUUCUAGUUGUAAGAGAUCCUUUAUUUAUUCCAACAAAGGGCUCUCAUCAUUAAGUAAUUUUAAUUUUGCACGUCGAUUAAAGAAUAAAUGAUGCUUAAGGAGUA